ACUGGCGGUGAUGAUGCGGUCUCUUGUAGUAUCGGCUGGUUGCUUGGUUGAUCGUCGAGUUUUUAUUAUAUGUGUGGUUGUGUGUAGGUACGUAUAAAGCAGUGCGCGGCUGGAUUGCAGUUGGUUCUCCAAGCCACUGCUGCUGCCCCAAGUUCGAAACCGUUUCGUUCCAGCUGGGAGGCCGCAGUUUCCGCCGCUCUCUCGUUCCAACCUUUGAUGUUUAAUUACCCACUUCGAAUCCAACCAUUAACUCCACCGGUGACGCUAAUUUACUGUAUUCCACUACUAAUUAGCAACAUGUUUCGAGACCUUUUUUUUUUUACCUUUUCUUUAUUCCGCGCAAGACUUAUUUUUAGAAUAUGAUCAAAGUCGUCAAUGCUUAACUGAUCACCACUCCGACGUGAAUACAAACGGUUGUUUAAGAUGAUCGUUCUCCCAAAAAUAAGCACCCAAUUAUUUUUUAAACAAAUCUGGUCUUUGAAAAAUGAAACCUGAUAAUGCUUCAAAGCCUUACGAAUAUAAGACAGUUCGCAGAUACUUCGGGAUUGAACAAUAUUAAUUUUAGAAUACUUUAAAGUAGUUUUUGUGAAAACGUUUAAACUUCACAACCACGAUCAUUAUUCGUUUACAUUACGUAUUAAUAUGUUGAGAUUCUUCGGAAUUAAACCUUCCUGGGUGUGAAUUAUCACCCGAGGGGAAGGCGAGGUCGCCAAACUUCCUGCUGUACUUUUUUCUCGAGGUCGUCCCUGCCCCGAAAGUAUGAUUUUUCCUGAUUUUAGGGACAAGAAAGGGCAACAUAACCUCCCAGUUACAAGAAUUUUCGGGACUUUUACAAAACGAAUGUUCACCAUUUCUCCGCAUGUUCGUUUGUUCUGUUUUCGUUCCUCUCUGUUCGGAACACGUUCCCGGGGCAGUCCCGGCCUGUCGGGGACUAUGCGAGGAAGUUCACAACAGUUGCCAAGCGGCGAUAGCUAAAGCUGGGCUCACAUGGCCUGCCGAACUUAACUGCUCAAGAUUUCCCGAGCCUCCAGAUCUUUGCAUGCAACAGCCCCCAGAAAAUGGCAUAGAAAAUACUUUGAAGAUCGACCAUGCCCCCACCGACUUUUUAUCCGCAUUUGCAAUUAAUCCCAGGCGUUGUCCUACCAAUACUGUUUAUAAAGAAGGGCGAUGUGUGAAGGAGUGCACUAGUCAAGUUUUAUUGAAAGAUACGUCGAAGAAAGUAUUAUACGAGGUUUGGACCGCCGUUUGGUCUCUUACGUGCCUUUUGAUUACUACAUUUGCUUUGCUAACGUUUUUUAUUCAACCGAAACGUUUCCGGUGGCCAGCUCGUCCUAUACUGUACCUCGCCCUGUGCGGAUUUAUAAGGUCUCUCGUCACCGUCGUUCAGUGGAUAGUGGGCCCUUUAACUUGCGUUGCGAAUAACAUCGAAAAACCCACGGAAAAUCUUUCGUGCGUUUGUUUCGCGUUGAUUAUAAUCUACAUCGAUGUCGCUGUUUGUUUGUGGUGGAGCGUUUUUUGUUUCGUGUGGUAUUUAACAGCAGCCAAAGAAUGGUCAACGGAGGCCAUUGAAAAUAUUUCGACGCGAUUACACGCGCUCAUUUGGACCUUGUCGAUGAUACCGAUUAUUAAUUCAUUAAUGUAUAAAAAUAUCGAAUCUAAUAAAACGUUCGGGUUUUGUUUCGUAUCGAGUUCGAUUCUUAUCAUUUUCGAACUUUGUACGAUCACUUUGGGUUGCGCAUUGGCGCUUAUGAUGUCGACGGCGCUGAAAAAUGUGCGCAAAGCUUUAGUAUGUGCCGGGAGAUCCCCGUACAAAUUAGAAAGACUCAUUUUGAGAUUAAGUGUGAUAAGUGUAGGAAUCUGCGUGCCUUUAUUCGUGAGCCUUUUAUGUAAUUUCUUCGACAACUUUGUCGUACUCCUGAUGAAAAUUGCGAUGCAAUUCCUAAGUGCCAUUUUUGCAUCUUUGUGGGUCUUUUCAGAAAAAACUUUUAAGAGUUGGAAUAAAGUUUUGAAACCGGUAUUUCGACAUAAAAGUCAAACCGUCACUAAAGUCUGAGAAUCGCGUUUUCAUUAAUUAAUAAAUUGUCACUUUGUUAAAUAUUUUCUUAAAAUAUGUGAUAGUAGAUAUUUAUAUAUCUGUAUAUACUUAUAUAUUAUAUAUUUUUUUUGUAACCAGUAUUACGUGUGUGUGCAUGUGUAAGUAAUAAUU